AUGAAUCCGGGUCAUCUCGAUCCGUGUCUGCCGGUCGUGGGCACGGAAGUCCUCCGAGAUCUGACGGUCAUGGCGCUGGGGUCAAACUCACUUGGCAACAAACCAAUUCGCCGCCGCAUGCGCAUGAUAACGUCAUGUCUCGAGUGCCGACGUCGGAAACUAAAGUGUAACAAGAAGUCCCCCUGCGAGAACUGCGUCAAGUUCUCACGAGAGUGCGUUUUCCUCUCUUCGAAACUCGACGAGGCUAGCCAAAUGCGCUUGACAGAGAUCAAAGAAAAGGUCGGGUCGUUAGAGCGCGCCUUAGAAAGGGACAUCGCCAAACCAAGUUCAUCGUCGCGAGCCUCGGGCCAACAAGGCUUCAUCGUGGAUGAUAUCGACUAUGAACUCGCCGACGAGUUGGACCCUUGGCCGUCUUCCUAUGUUAGUGUGGAUACGGCGUACGGUGACGAUACCUCCGAAGGUAUCGAGGAUGUGCUCGACCUAGGUCCUCGGAUGCCCCCCGGGCACACCGUCGACCCGGCCGCAACAACGGCAAACCCGCAGAGCUGGACAACCACAUCGUCGCCUGACGGAUCGGUUCCCGACUUUAUGCAACCCGGACCAACUUAUAUCCAACCGUCCACCGGACUCAUAUUCGGCCAUUCUCCACACAACCCGUCCCCCCAGCUGGAUCUGUUGCUCCCACCAAGAGCCACCUGUGACCAGUUGAUGGACCAAUAUUUCCGAGCCGUUCACCCGGUCGCGAGAUGCGUUCACAAGCCAUCCUUUCGCGAAGAUUACCUGUCCUUCUGGGACGAGGUGUGCUCCAACGUUGAGCCGAGGGCGUCUACCCAGGCACUUAUGUUUGCUGUCAUGUUCAGCGCUGCCGCUAGUUUGGACGAGGAGGAUGCUAUUCAACGAUUCGGCCUAGACCGCCAGGUGCUAGUAAACAACCUCAAACUUGCGGCUGAGACGGCGCUGUGCAAAGCUUCAUUUCUCCGAACAACCAGAACAGAAACAGUUCAGGCCCUAAUUAUCUAUCUGAUUCCGCUUUGCAGAGCGGAGAUCUCGAGAGCCCAUUCUGUCUUGGUUGGCGCUUCGAUCAGGCUAGCUGAAUGCAUUGGGCUGCACCGGGACGGUGAAAGCUUCGGCCUUAAUCCUGUAGACACCUACGUUCGACGGCUUCUGUGGCACCAGCUAUGCUUCCUCGAUAUCCGAACAGCAGAAGCCCACGGUCCUCGGCCGUUCAUCCGGCGAGAGGAGUAUGAUACAAAGCUGCCCGUGAACUGCGGCGAGGAGGCCAUCCAGGCUGCCGGUCCGCCGCCAACCGCCGAAGAGCGGUGGACGCCAAUGCUUCUGCCUCUCAUUCGUUUCGAGAUCAACGAAAUGAUGCGGGUCAUUUGGCAGGACCGGCGUAAACUCGAAAACAAAAAGAUGCUUCUAACGGAAUUGCUAUCGAAAACUGAAAAUUUUCGGAGACGAAUGCUGGUAAAGUAUGAAGGCAUGCUGAGUGACGAUGAUCCGAUUCAACGAUAUACCAAGUUGGUUAUGCAUAUGCUGCUUUAUCGGUUGUAUGCGAUGGUCUUGAACGGGUACUAUCGCAGCGCGGAGUCACAGCUGCCACAGCAACUCAAUAAUGUCCUGAUUAUGGCAGGCAUCAUGAUUAUUGAAAUAGCCAUCCAGCUCGAGAACGACAGAGUAUUUGGGGAGUGGGUGUGGUAUUUUGGGGCAUACGCGCAAUAUCAAAUUGCUCUCUUGCUCGCCACCGAGGCAUUCCACCAGCCUCAUCGCCGGGAGUCUGGAAGGAUAUGGGCAUGUCUCGACUACGUCUUCAAUCUUGACCGCAACAUGCCCCGAGAAGUGAAAGCGCUACACAUAUUAAGCGAAGUUCAGUCGAAGACCGCCGUCUACCAGAGUAUCCGGAAUCUCAGGGUGUAUCCGAGAGCUCGGUCAGCUUCGGCGCCAGAUAUUGAGCAAAGUCACGACCGAGAUAGUGCGAGUCCUGAGAUGCGCUCUGCACCUAGUCUUGAACAAACGCAGCAACAACAGCGACGAAUUCGGCAGCCGUCACAGCAACACCUGCACCCCUACUACCAAUCCUCUGCCUCAACCUCGCCACGGCAGGAAGCUGCGCUUUUGGCAGGAUCUUAUAGUGUCGGUCAACCCUCAAGUCGCACCUCUAGCGACGCCGGUGGCGAAGGCGGCACGGCGCGCCUAGCCCCUGGCACUGGCGGAGCGCUUCCAGUAUAUGGAAGCAGUGCAGAAAUUCGACCCAAUGUAGUUAACCAAUUGGAAGGUAUCGACUGGGAAGCUAUCAGUUCGAUUUUCCCAGCGGAUCCCACCACCGGAGAGAUCAACCUCGCAGGAUAUCAUGACCCUUCGAUAUCAAUCAAUUGGCAGGAGUGGAGAUAG